GCCCGCCCACUCGCGGGAAGCCCUCCUCUCCUUGCAGUCCGCGCGUAGCGGCGCCAUGUUUAUCCGCUACUGAGACGAUGGCUUUGUGGCGUGAGGGACAGCAGCGGUGACACAAAAGUAGUUGAAAAGCAGGCGCCGGCUGUAGGACAAAGGAAAGCCCGUGAAAAUAUGCCUUCAACAGACUUGUGUGCAGAAGCGCAUGUUGUCCACUGCUGCUGUCACAGAAAGAUCUGGCUGCACUCGACAGACAAGAGCCUGAAGCAUCAGAGUGGGACCCCAGAAGGAUGCUGAGUGCGUGAAGUGCCAUGGAUAGAUACAUGACCCUCCGGCAGCUGGGCGACGGGACCUACGGCUCCGUUUUUUUGGGAAAGAGCCUCGAGUCCGGGGAGCUCGUCGCCAUCAAAAAAAUGAAAAAGAAGUUUUAUUCCUGGGAGGAAUGUGUGAAUCUCCGUGAAGUCAAGUCUCUGAAGAAACUGAGCCACGCGAAUGUAGUGAAGCUGAAAGAAGUGAUCCGCGAGCAGGACCACCUGUACUUUGUGUUUGAGUACAUGAAGGAGAACCUCUACCAGCUGAUGAAGGACAGAAACCGACUUUUUGCCGAGUCCACUGUGAGGAACAUCAUGUACCAGAUACUCCAGGGAAUGGCCUUCAUUCAUAAGCACGGAUUUUUCCACAGAGACAUGAAGCCUGAGAACCUCCUUUGCAUGGGACCAGAGUUGGUUAAAAUCGCCGACUUUGGACUUGCUCGUGAAAUCCGAUCCCGUCCGCCGUACACCGAUUACGUCUCCACAAGAUGGUAUCGAGCCCCUGAAGUCCUCCUCCGUUCAACAAGUUAUAGUUCUCCAAUUGACCUCUGGGCGGUGGGCUGCAUCAUGGCUGAACUCUACACCCUAAGACCUCUGUUUCCAGGCUCCAGUGAAAUCGACACCAUUUUUAAAAUCUGCCAAGUCCUUGGGACACCCAAAAAGACCGACUGGAAUGAAGGCUUCCAGCUUUCUUCUGCGAUGAGCUUUCGGUGGCCGCAGUGUGUGCCAAGCAACUUGAAGACUUUGAUUCCCAAUGCCAGUAGUGAUGCCAUUCAGCUGAUGAGGGAUCUGCUGCAGUGGGACCCGAAGAAGAGGCCGGCAGCCAAUCAGGCUCUUCGGUAUUCCUACUUCUACGUCGGCCAGGCUCUCGGUACGCCGCAGCAAAUCCAGGAGCAGGGGAGACACGUCUCCAAGUUACAGCAGCAGCAGCCCCCUGUCCUGAAACCCGCGGCCCCCGUCCCGCGUGCAGCGCAGCACCACCACUGCCCUCCGCCAAGGCCACUGCAGCAAAUCCAGCCUGCCCAGAACUCGACGACGUGCCCCGCUGAGGCCUCACCCAGGGGGGCCAGAGGAGAAGACGCCGAGCGCCACCGCCCGCCAUUCCUGCCAGUGAUCAAAACGAAAGUCGCGCAGCAGGUGAGCUCAGCCCCGAUUGGCCGGUGGUGCGUCACGUUGAUGGCUUCUGCUAGAGGAGGCGCGCCCGCCGCAACCGAAAACAAUGGCAGCUCGUUCCUUUUGGCCAAACCAAAGAAUUGCAGGAGGCGGUGGGGUCCGGUGCCCGGGACCGUGAAGCGGUCAGAGGACUGGAGUGACUUGGACGAGGUGGAUGCCAACGGCCCGAUGAAACACAAUGCCAGUGAGAGCAGGAGGCCAGCGGACAGCGACGCCCUUGGCAGGUUUGGGGGCGUCGUGGGCCUCGAGCAGUCGGUGGCCAGAGGCGGUGACGGCCAGCCAGGUGUCCCCAAGUCGGCCGGCGGUAAGGAGCACGCCACUCCGAGGACCACGUCGGCCAGAGAGUAUUACCUGAAGCAGGCCCGCUACUUCCCAGGGAUUCCUGCGAAGAAACCCGACGACUGCCCUCCAAGUCAAGACUGCAAUGCCAACAACUUGUGGGACGGUCCCAUUAUGCCCUCGGCUGUCACCUGUGGCACAUUUCCAGGUCAUCGAAAAAACCCAGGUCCUGGGGUGCUGCUAGGCGGGUACCCAUCGUCGUUUCUGAAAAAGGAACUGGGAUCAGCUGGGCAAAAGGUGCACCUGACGCCAAUCGUGGACCCCAUGCCAAACUAUGCAUCCUGGAAGUCCAGUCGAAAUCAGCUGGCACCCCCUUCAUUUGUGUCCCUGUCGUCCAGCACUCCUGCGCCAACUCCCAGAGUGCCACCGGUGCACGGCCGGACAGACUGGACGUCAAAAUACGGUUACGCCGCCUGGAAGUCGAAUCGAAAUCAACUUGGGCCACCGGCCUUCACGUCGCCAUCCACUAAGACCAGCGGGCAGGCGCCCAGGCCGCCAUCUGUACAGACGCUGCAUGGGCGCACUGACUGGACGGGGAAGUACGGCGGGCAGAGGUGAAGGCGGCCUUCUGCUGGCGUCUUCUCGUCCGUGGGGCACCAAUCAACGCACAUUUGUGCCAAUCAGUACAAGUGACAAAUAAAAAGGACAAGGAGGGUGACGC